CUUGCUUUAACUUUUGUUUCAUUUUUACUUUUAACUUUCUUUUCAUAACUAGAAAUUGAAGAGAAAAUUGAAUUAAAGCCCUAAAUGAACCACCACUAAAAGCAGAAUAUCCAAAAAUUCCAGAUAUAUUUCUGUGUAUAAUAGAAUAUAUCUUAUCAAAUAUUUCUAUUCUUCAUAACAUAUUUUGAUAUUUUCAUGAUAAAUUAAAUGAUAAAAUUGUCUAAGCGAGGGCAAGAGAUCUAUGUAUGUAUGUAUUAAUGUUUGAAUCCUGCCCCGAGGCUAAACUUUUAUUUUUUAAGCUUCAAACUCCUCCAAUUGUCGACAUAUCUUUCACUGAUCAAAAACAAAUUGAAUUAAUUUUGGCAAUUACUGAAGCCAAAAAACGUAUUAUGCAUUCAUUUAAUAAUUUGGAUGAUAGUAUAUUCCUUAAAGGCCCGAUUUUGUUUGAAGAAAUAAUUUUAUCUGUUAAUAUAAAUAUUUUUAGUCUAAUUGACAAUCUUUCGCAAAGCUCAACUCCACUAUCUUUUGGGGAAUUAAAUCGUUGUGAAUUUUCAGUACAAAAUGAAAGCAUGCAAAACCAACUUUGUCACAAAUAUUUUUUAGUUGACAGACUUUUGUGUGUUGCUAUAGCUAAAUCUAUGCCUGUUUUUGAUAAAUUGACUUUAUCUGAUCAGGUAUAUAAUUAG